UAAAACGUAGUUACUUAAAAAAAUUGGGAGAUUUUCUAUUCCUCUAUCAAUGGGGAUUUCCAGGCACGUGCCCCACCCAAGGCCCACGCCCAGAGCGCCCCAGUGGCAGGACAACGCCCGCUGACAUCUUCCCGUCCCGACGGCACAGGCUGCUCCGAGCUCCGCCUUUUAGAUUGCACCGAGAGAAGCCAGCUACAGCUUGGAGUCCAGGCCGGGUUUUCAAGCAUCAAGACGGAAGUAACAGCGGAAAGGAAGUUCCAGGGCCCGCGCUGGGAAAGAGGUGGGGGGACCAGGGGAAGACUCAGUGCGAUGGCGGCGCAAAUUCCAAUUGUGGCCACCACUUCCACUCCCGGAAUAGUCCGGAACAGCAAGAAGAGGCCGGCCAGCCCUUCCCACAAUGGCAGCAGCGGCGGGGGCUAUGGCGCCAGUAAGAAGAAAAAAGCGUCCGCUUCCAGCUUUGCGCAGACCUGCCUUUCGCCUUCCACCAUGAUUGUGAGGCCUCCCCAGCCACGUGGAACUACGUGCCUUUUGCCUUCCGCCAUGAUUGUGAGGCCUCCCCAGCCGCGUGGAAAUGGUAUCAGCAUGGAAGCCAUGAGUGAGAAUAAAAUGGUGCCCUCUGAGUUUAGCACAGGACCUGUGGAAAAAGCUGCCAAACCUUUGCCAUUUAAGGAUCCCAACUUUGUGCACUCUGGCCACGGUGGCGCAGUAGCUGGCAAGAAGAACAGAACCUGGAAGAACCUGAAACAAAUCCUCGCUUCUGAAAGGGCAUUGCCGUGGCAACUGAACGAUCCUAACUACUUCAGUAUUGAUGCUCCUCCAUCCUUUAAGCCAGCUAAGAAGUAUUCUGAUGUUUCAGGUCUGCUUGCCAACUACACAGACCCCCAGAGCAAACUGCGGUUCAGCACCAUUGAAGAGUUUUCCUACAUUCGGAGGCUGCCCUCUGACGUUGUCACCGGCUACCUGGCCCUGAGGAAGGCCACGAGCAUCGUUCCCUGAGCCCCAGAAAGGGAGAUGAAGUGGAAAGCUGUUUCAAAAACAGACUCUGGACUCGUGAUUUUGUUUCACGGAAACAAACUCGUUCUGCUGUCAAUCUGAAAAUGCCAGUGCUGUGCCUUGGAAAAAAUGUUUGGCUUUAAUUUAAGGGUUUUUUUGAGUGUGUGUUUUCCCUCCAAGUGUGAUAUUUCCUGCUGAAUUAAAUUAUACUUCAGUUGUUGCCUCAAGUAAAGGUGUUUGACAAGAAAAUACAGUAAAACCAUACUUUUCAUUUA